AUGGAUGAAGAGUCCAAGAGAAUGGAAGAAGGGCUCAAUCCAGCGUUGAAAGGUGAAGGUAAGGGAGAAAUGAUUAAGAGCAAUAACAAUAACAAUAACGGAGGUUGUAUCAUUGGGGAUGAGAAAGACACAAUGGCUAAGGGUGUGGAUGAAAUAGCAGAACAGGAGCAACCAGCGGUUAAGCAAAAGAGGAAGAGGGUUGCAACUCUUGAUGCAUUUAGGGGUCUCACAAUAGUGUUGAUGAUAUUGGUGGACGAUGGUGGUGAAGCUUAUCCCCGCAUUGAUCACUCCCCAUGGAAUGGAUGUACUCUUGCCGAUUUCGUUAUGCCUUUCUUUCUUUUCAUUGUUGGGGUUGCCAUAGCUCUUGCUCUAAAGAGAGUCCCCAAGAAAAAGGAUGCCGUAAAGAAGAUAAUCCUUAGGACAUUAAAGCUUCUCUUCUGGGGUAUACUUUUACAAGGUGGUUACUCUCAUGCCCCUGAUGAUCUUGACUAUGGAGUUGACAUGAAACAUAUCCGAUGGUGUGGCAUUCUCCAGAGAAUAGCCCUUGUAUAUUGUGUCGUAGCUCUAAUAGAAACAUUUACAACCAAGCUUAGACCCACUACCUUGGGUCCUGGACACCUAUCCAUUUUCACUGCCUAUAAAUGGUUUGGGGGCUUCGUGGCAUUUCUCAUUUAUAUGAUCACAACCUUCACCCUCUACGUUCCAGAUUGGAGUUUUGUAGAUCAUCUAGAGGGUGACGAACUAAAGAGAUACACGGUGAUAUGUGGGAUGAGAGGACACCUAGGGCCUGCAUGUAACGCUGUUGGGCAUGUGGAUAGACAAGUUUGGGGUGUUAACCAUCUUUAUUCUCAACCUGUUUGGAGACGCUUGAAGGCGUGUACAUUCAGUUCUCCAGGCGAAGGUCCUUUUCGUGAAGAUGCUCCAAGUUGGUGUCGUGCUCCUUUCGAACCCGAAGGCUUGUUGAGUUCUAUAUCAGCUAUCAUCUCCGGCACUGUCGGCAUCCAUUAUGGGCACGUCUUGAUUCACUUCAAGGAUCAUUCGGAGAGGCUAAAACAAUGGGUCUCAAUGGGGUUUGUGUUACUCAUACUAGCCAUCAUUCUUCACUUUACAGAUGCUAUCCCACUUAACAAGCAACUCUACAGCUUCAGCUAUGUUUGUUUCACAGCUGGGGCAGCUGGAAUAGUGUUCUCUGCGUUCUACAUACUGAUCGAUGUUUGGGGGCUUCGUACUCCAUUCUUGUUCUUGGAGUGGAUAGGAAUGAACGCUAUGCUAGUGUUUGUGAUGGCAGCCGAGGGGAUCUUCGCAGCAUUUGUAAAUGGAUGGUAUUAUGAAAAUCCACACAACUCACUAGUACAUUGGAUCAAGAAGCAUAUAUUUGUGAACGUUUGGCACUCAGAGAGGGUGGGAACCCUCUUAUAUGUCAUCUUCGCAGAAAUCACGUUCUGGGGAGUGGUUGCUGGCGUUUUGCACAAAUUAGGAAUAUAUUGGAAAUUGUAA